AAACAACACAAAACUGAAUAACAACCGGAAACUUGAGCAACAAAACUUCCGACGCUAAGAGAAAUGGCAACGUCCUCUGUUCUGUCCACCUUCGCUGCGGCGGCAAUUACGUUGCAACUACUCUUAUCUCCUGCUUCAGCUUCCCCUCACAUGAAAUACAUUGACGCCAUCUGCGAUCGUUCCCAUGACCAAGCUUUCUGCGUUAAAACUUUGACUACCAAUCCCCCUACAGCUGCUCCCAUUGGCCUGCUUCCAUUGUCGGAGGCUGUGAUCAACUUGGCCAUAUCCCACGCGGAGAAGACAGCGAUUUUCGUAGAUGAGACUGCGAAGAAAGAUCCAACGGUGAAGGUUGCAUUUACAGAGUGCCACAAGGCCUACUUGGCCGUGGCAGCUGAUCUCAAGAGUGCAAAUGUGAAGCUCAAGGCAUCCCCCGACACGGCUAACUACGACGUCAGGGCUUCCAGUGACAGCAUGAGGCGCGUGAAUGAAUUGGUUGGGAAAAACACUGACAAGGCUUCAACCACGCUCAAGGAAAUGACAGUGCAGAUGGAGAAACUACUUGAUCUUGCAGCUGGAGCCGCCGAUGCCGUUGAUGACGACGAUGAGAACAUGCGCCUUCGCGUCUAAUGGAUGUUAAACCGAGCGGGUUUCGUUUUUUUUGGUUCAUAAUACAAAUGGAAAUAAGUAAAUGAAUAUGUAUACAUCACAUAGAAACUGUGUUAUGGUAAAUUAGUAAUUCAGUUUUUGAAAUAAUGUGGUUAAGUUUUGCAUCUCUUACUAAUUUUGUAUCUAUCUAAUUUCUGGAGCAGGAAAAUGACUCCGAUUUUUUUUUUUUAAAAAGGUAUACUUAAUUAACCAGACUACCAGAGUAGUAGUGUGCUCGGUGUCAAUUGUUAACAAAACAAGACGAGAGCAACGAAUUAAGAAGAUUUACAAGUGUUGUAGACUUGUAGUUGACUUAAAAUUAUGCAUGGUUAAUCGAGCCGUAUAUAUUUGAAGAUUCAGAAGAAUGUCACAUGAUGAAUAUUUUCGAUAAUAAUAUCAGGCUUAAGACUUAUAUAAGAUGACAACAUGUCUACGUUUUAUAAUAUGAGAAAUAAGAAAAAAGGA